AUGUUCAGCGGCUCGACGAGCCCGACCAAAGAGAAAGACAACACCGCUCCUGCCUCCGGUCCCGGUCCGACUGUGCUAUCCAUUAAUACGGAGGAUACUGUUCCUGUGCUGGAAAACAACACCAAUUCACCUAGCGGCCAUGUCGCUGACAUCUCCGCAGCCGCAGCGAGGACCGGAGCCCAUCAUCUCCGGAGCGCUACAAGCGACGAAACACCCGUGCAGAAGUUGGGGAGGAUGGAUCCAGCAUUAAUUGUUCCGCAAGGGUCGUUGAAUAACUCCGCGGGUGAAUCAGCACCAACUGCGCACUCGUCAUUUCGUGUUGGCGUUACGGAAGAUAAAAAUAGAAAAUGUCGAAGGACUAUGGAAGAUACACAUGCGUAUCUUUAUAAUUUUCUUGGAACAUCGGCUCCUACCCCGGCCAAAACGGAAUCGCCAGCACACAGCAAAGCUUCCGAAGAGUCGAUAUCUACAACCAAUGAUUCUUCUGAUUCUAUGCCUAUGAUUGAAACUGAUAAUGGAUACUUUGCCAUUUUUGAUGGGCAUGCUGGCACUUUCGCUGCGGAAUGGUGCGGUAAAAAACUCCAUCUUAUACUGGAAGAUAUAAUGAGAAAACACCCGAAUUCUCCAGUUCCGGAACUCCUAGACCAGACUUUCACAAACGUGGAUCAACAACUGGAGAAACUUCCUUUAAAAAAUAGUGGCUGCACCGCUGUAACUGCGAUAUUACGAUGGGAGGAUCGAACUACUGUGCCGACUCACAAUCCAACUGCACCCUCAGCGGGGCAAUCCAAGCCAGGAGCAGAUAAAGGCAAUACCGCUGUACUACCAGUGCAAACAUCCAGAGAUGCAUCUGGCCUAUCAACCUCAGCCCCAGAAUCUACAAAUCCAAAACCCCAAGAAACAAUCACCUCUCGACAUCGUGUUCUAUACACUGCCAAUGUGGGCGAUGCACGAGUGGUCCUAUGUCGAAACGGCAAAGCCCUGCGAUUAUCGUAUGACCACAAAGGUAGUGACGAGAACGAGGGGAAACGAAUAUCCAACGCGGGAGGCCUCAUUCUCAAUAAUCGCGUAAACGGUGUUCUUGCUGUUACUCGGGCUCUGGGAGAUUCGUAUAUGAAAGACCUCGUCACUGGCCAUCCGUACACGACGGAGACAGUCAUCCAACCUGAAACGGAUGAGUUCAUGAUUCUAGCUUGCGAUGGUCUAUGGGACGUCUGUUCCGAUCAAGAAGCUGUCGACCUCGUCCGCGGCACAGAGGAUCCACAAGUCGCCUCGAAAAUCCUCGUUGACCACGCCCUAUCCCGUUUCAGCACGGACAACCUCUCCUGCAUGAUCGUCCGCUUUGACACCAAAGCUAUCCAGCUGGCCAUAAAUCAACGCACGCCACCGUCCGCUGCAGACAACAAUCUUUCCACUUUUGGUAUCCCUAAUAGUAAUAAUAACGAUUUAUCUGCCAAAUUUCUGGGCGGCAUGAGCGAGGCGGACAAGAUCGUUGAGGAGACGAGGAGGAAAGUUCGUGCUGGGAAGUUGGGGGGUGAGGUUAGUGCUGAUGACGACGAUGACGAGAAUGCUAUGCCUAUUGAGAAUCUUUCAGCUGUGGAGAAUGAGGAUUUGGGGCCUGAGGUUUCGCCAGCUGAGUUGAAGGGGGUGAUUGAGGGGACCAAUUUGGAUUUGGGAGUGAAGAGGAGUAAGGUCGAUAAGGAUAAGAAUGGGGUUGCAUGUUUUGCCACCUUUUCGGACGCUCAUCAUGAAAACCAAGACUGGAAAAGACAGAUGAAUACGGUUCAUUUAUGUCCUUUUACGGGGUUUAAGCACGAUACGAAGAAAUGA